AUGGCAUCACAUACAACAACUUCAACAUUUGUCACUGUUGAUGGUGAUGAUUCGAGAAUGGAAACAAGUUCCGAACGUAAAUAUCUAUCCAAAAUAGCAUACUUAAUUUCACUCUUAAGCCAUAUUAUUUUAGAUUUCAUGUUGAACACAAGCUCAACACGCUAUACUAUUGUUGGGAAUACUAUUAGUUAUGGUGCGAAUACGCAAUAUCACGGCAAAUUAUGGACUCAUGCAUAUCGACCAAUGCAUCGAUCAGGUUCAGUUCCUGCUCAUGACCGGCCAUAUUUUGAAUACGAAAAAAUGGGUCAGUUAUACGAUCUAGUAGUUGUCUGUCCAUAUCCGUCUCUAUCUCUUUCUCUUUUUGUAUGUUCUACGAUAUCAGAUCGCGCAACUAUUGCACGAAAAAAAGCAUUUCGAUUGCCGAAUUUCAAUGAUCAAGCAAUGUUGGACGCAAAUAGGGAGGCAAAAUGUAGACUUGAUGCCGGUAUUUUUGCUAUAUCAUGUUGGUCGAAUAUUCCGAGACUCGAUUUUGUGGAAUUUGGCACAUUUGAAAGUUCGUGUAACUCUUCAGAAUCGCCAACAUGGCCAGAAUCUGAAAUAAAAACAAGUAAAAUGAAAUGA